AUAAUGCAUUAAAUUUCGAUCCUAUUCUGUAAUGUUUUGUCCAAUCGCGUCCGAUCUCUGCGUGUUCCGGUUCUUUGUCAUCAAUGGGUUGCCGGGCGAGAUCAUUUUGAGUGCCACUUGAAAACGAUUUACACUAAAUUUAAGCCAGCUAACGAUAUAUGAGUUUUUCGCUAGUAUUUCGAGGGACAAUUAAUAUAUUUUGGCAACAAAAUUGCGGCCGAGAAGACAGUAUUCGGUAUAAUUGUUCGUUAGGCCCUUUCGACAUUAAUGAGCCGUACCCACUUCAGCUGACUGCGUCGUACGCAAGGCUACUCCAACUAAAGUAGUAGUAGUCCGGCGAUCGACGGAGACGGUCGAGUGCACGCUCGCGGAGUGAUAAGCGGAUGUGUUAUUGAGUUUUAAGAUGGUUUUAGAACGUUUGCCAUAGGCGGAGCCGCGUCUCGUUCGCUCGUAAACGUUUUAUUGUCGAAAUUCUGUAGCUCGGGGACGAGUCGGGGUGCGUCGCGAGUGUGUGCCGUGGAGGACGACCUGGACGAGCCGAGGCUCAAUAAUGCUCAAAUUCCUGACUCAUAAGCUACGAACGCAUUCUUUGAAUGAGGAGAACGUUUCCGAGAAGGUGGAGGAGCGGGACUCCGGCACCGAGUCGGAUGACGAGGCGGACCGGACGGACGCCGGCGAAUACUGCGCGGACGUCAUCAUGAAGUGGAAUGACGUCACAGAUAUAAGUAUGAGCAGCGGCGAAGCCUGCGCGUGCGCACCAGCGCCUCCCCGGCCGGCCGCGCCGGAGCCCGACCACCUAUACGACCACCACUCGUCAGAAGAGGAGCUGGAGGUCAUCAACGGAAGCCCCGCCGGGUCGUCGGCGGUGACGCCGAGGGGCGAAGGCCGGCGGAGGGGCGCAUCGUCUCCCGCGCGGACAGCGCCCGAGAAGCGGCGGUGGCCGGCGGAGCCCUACGAGGACGAGCUCACCGCCAGGGCGCCCUCCUCCGACGACGAUGACACAAAGGUGGAGACACCGGUGCGGUUCCGCACGUCGCCGCCGCUGGAGGCGCUGAAGCCGCGGCGUGCGGUCGGCGCCGCGUCGUGUGCGUGCGCGGGCCGCGCGUCACCGCGACGUCGCCGGGCGCCGCUGCCGCCGCCGCGCAGACAUCGUCCAGCGCUAGACUUCGAUAAGAUGCAACAGCUGAAAGUGGGCGGCGGCGGCGUGCGGUCGUGGCGCGCGGUGGGCGGCGCGCACGGUGGCGAGCUGUCCGUGUUCUGCUGGUGAUGCCCGCGCUGUCGCCGCGCUGCAGAGUAUCGGAGCGGGCGAAGGCGCCGCGCGCCGCGCCGCCCUUGCUAGCGUCUAGCAUCGAUAUAAUCGAUGUUCAAUCGAUAUUUUUCGAUGUUCCCAAUCGAUCCACAUCGAUGUUCCAGUUCGACUCGAAACAUCGGCCGCGAGUCGGCACGUGUUUCAUGAUCUCCUACUCUGUUGUGAAUCUCUUCGCCCGACGCCCGAGGCGUCUCGGAGAUACAGAAUAUUGCGGAAAACGGUACCUCAACGACCACUAAGGAGCCUCAUAUUAGCGAAAUUGAGUGCAUGUGCGUAGAUCUUAAAGUAUACGUACGUUUAUGCUCCUUGUACUUUAAACUUAAGAUUGAGGUUAACUCUACUGUAAUUAUAUGUCUCCUAUAUUAACUUAAUAUACUUCGUCGUAUUUUAUUUUCCGGAAAUAGGCGUGGAUUUUCUGUCACGUUUGUGUUGAGUUAAUACUGAAUACUCCGGAACGUUCGGAACGACCGAUAUGUCCGUUAAAGUACGUCGCAUCGCACGCGGGAACAUACACCGUGACAGAGAAUUCAUAUUCAAUUGCAGUGUUCGCGGAGGUGGAUCUAACGGCAAUAUGACCUCUGUUAACAAUAAUUAUUAUUAGUUCACAAAUAUGUAUUAACAGGUAUAAGCUGUUGCCAUUAAAGGCGCAUAAACUUUCAGAAACUAUUCAGAACAUCAUACACGAUAUCUUCUUAGCGAAGUUAUGUUGAGAAAUACAUAUUUGCCUCUACAAUAGACUUAGAUCCACCUCUGUUUUGGUCUUUGUUAAAAUUGUAAAGGAUCCAGGAUCCUACUUAACUGUUAACGCAGAAAAUCUUGUGGAACAUAUAUUCUAAAGUUAGACGCUGUUAGCCGAGAACUGUCGUUCGCUCCGGUGUUCGAGUUCCUUUUUGCACUCAAAUAAUGAUCAAAGUACAAACUUACUAAUACUAUUAUAUUGUGAGCGCGAGCGCCGUAUGUACAUACCACUAGCGUAUUGAGAAAACCAGCGUAGCGACGGGAGUCUAAUCGACCUUUUUAAAAUUAGAUCGUUUAUUUUGUUUCAAAUGCCUUACACCAAAUUACAUCUUAGACUUGAACUACAACAUUAUCAAACUGUUCACACCAAUUCGUUUUGUCAUAGCCACUUUGCUUUCCCCCGUCUCCUACGCUGAUUCUCUUCCGCGUCCGUGUGCGCUGUCUCCGGUAGUUUUUGGAAGUAUUUACUCGUUUUGAAUACUGUGUUUAAAUUAUUGCCACUGUUAUAAUCAGGUCCGAAUGAUUGUAAACACGUCGGUUUUUUCGAACGUCCGCACGAUAUGCGGUGAUGUAUUUUGCGAGCAUGUUGAGACCGAUCCGAUCGUCGGGUCGGUGUCGUGACGUGUGACGUUCACUCCAACCUCACAGUGUCGUAGUCGGCCGCGUCGGCGCCGAUAUCGGAGUAUUUUUGUAGGGUGCGGGCUUCGAAGCUGUCCAGUAUCUUUAUAAACUAUCGCAAUUUUUUAUGAAACUAUUGCUACGUUUACACCAAUAGUCGUAAUGUCGCAGCCCGCACCGCGACGACAUAAGAGGUAGCGCGAAAGUAGAGGUACCUCGACUUUUUGAUCUCGAAUUGCGACUGAGUCGGUCGGUGUUAGUGUUAAACGAAAAUCUUAAUCACUAACGAAGCCAAAUAUUUUCUUAACACGAACACACGGUCCACGCGUAAUUCCUUAAUAGAUUAUCAAAAUAUUUUUAUCAGUUAUUAAAUGUCAAUUGGUAUGAACGCGAUGCGCCGCCCCCUGUGCAAUAUGAGCUCGACGUUUGGAUUUAUUUAGUGUCGGCGACGCGAUCGUAUCGCAGUCGUGUCGCCGCCCGCCCGUAGACGCCUCCGUCGCCCCUGUGACGUCAUCUGGCGCGCUCGUCGUUCGUACGUUAAAUUGGUUGUAUCUAGUUGUAACUUAUGUUAGUAGUUUAUUUAGCAGGGCUAAUUCUGUUACUCUUGUUGUGUUAUAAACAAAAAUGAAAAAAAAAAACAUAAAAUAUGUGGUGCGAGUGGAAUCAGUGAAUGUAAAGACAUUUAACAAAUUUUCAAAUUAAUACGGUAAAAGUACUAAGACUUUUUUAAAAAUCGCUUGGAUAAAGAUUGUAUGUACAUAGUGUUAAGUUACGUAGUAUAAGUGCAGUUUUAGAUGUAGUAGGUAUAACAAAUUGUAUGGCAGGGCGCUCGGCGCCUUUCUUUUGUUAACAUUUUUCUUUUGUGUUUUAUUCCCACUACGGAUUCGUUACUGUCCUGUCCAUGGUAAUUUUGACUUGUCAGUAAACUGCAAGCUGCGAGCCGAACCCCAGGCCGGAGCGAGGGGGGCCUCCGGGCCUCAGGAGCCACUUUUUAAUUUAAAUAUUUUCCGGGCGCAAUACUCCUUUUUCCGAGCGUCGCCUAUCGUUUAGUGUCGGGUUGUAGAGUCGACCGUUGGCCUACUGUACUGUCUCCGGCCCCCCUCCCCGCCUCGCCUCCGACCCUAGCUAUACAUAUCCCCUCACUACAACUGAGUAUAAUUUCGUUUGUAUAUUUACAUGCCACUUUGUAUGGAAAUUCUGAAAUCAGUUGUAGAUUUUGUACACGUCGAUACAAUCAAAGAUGCUCAGUGUGCGACGUAUUUGAUUGUAUCGAACGAUCGAGAAGGCUUGCAGUGGUGUAUGUAGCGACAAUCAAUGGUGAUAUUUACAAGAUAAUUUAUAUUAUGUUUUUAUAUACUGAAUUAACAAGCGUAAUAAAGAGUGAGCAAUGGCACAUCUUAAA